GGGCUGGGCAGACCACACCGACAAGGCACAACAAGCCCAGCUACCAUGGGGAAGAUCAUCUUCUAUGAAGACAAUGACUAUGGUGGCCGUCACUUUGAAUGCAAUGGUGACUGCACAGACAUGCUCGGCCUUCUCAGCCGGUGUAACUCCAUCAAGGUGACAUGUGGAUGCUUCAUGAUCUAUGAGAAGCCCAACUACACUGGCCAACAGUACUACCUGUGUCGAGGAGAGUAUCCUGACUACAAUCGUUGGAUGGGCACAAAUGACAACAUCAACUCAUGCCACAUCAUCUCCUCGGUGCCUGGAUCCUACAACAUGCGUCUCUUUGAGAGACUAGAGUAUGGUGGGCAGAUAAUGGAUCUGGUGGAUGACUGUCCCAGCGUCAUGGAUCGUUUCAACAUCAAUGACAUUUUCUCUUGCAAUGUGAAAGGAGGAAACUGGCUGUUCUACGAGCACCCAAACUACAGGGGGAGGAUGUACCUUAUAAAGCCUGGGUAUUACAGGAGAUUCAGCGAAUGGGGCGGCAGGAGUGCCAGAGUGGGUUCUAUUCGACGAAUCAUGGACUACUAAACAUACCAUCCUAUCAAUUCAUUGGACGUUGUGGCUGGCAUCUCUGUGGAUAGCUAGGACUCAUGGUGGGACAAUAGCUCAAUCACUCAAGUCAAGAGAUUGUAUACCCCACCCUCACUGCACGUUAAUGGAUCAUCUAAUGUCCUGUUAUUGGUAUAAAACACAAACAUAAAAGUAUAGAGAAGGUGAAAAUUAAAUCGGAGAAGAUGUCAAACAAACCACAACGACACGAUGGGAUAUAAGAAGUUCCAAGGAGAGACAACUGAUUACAAAGCCUAUGGGCAAAAAUGAUAUUUUUAAAUUGGAAUAUCUUCAGACAAAAACAAAGAGGACCAAUGCAAUACACACUUCACAAUUUUAAAAUACCUGUAUUGUUAUGGCAUGUUCAGCUGAUCAGGUUCUUCAUUUUUGAUGUAAUAUUGACAUUUGUAUAUGAUGGACCAAUACUUAUCAAUGAUGAUCUCUGACAAUAUAAUUUGAUCACAUUCAGUCUGCAAAUGGUAGCAAGUCUCUGGCUCUGUUCUUGACCAAUGACUCAGUGCUACAAUAAACAAAUGGAAACAUGGAACUCUGAUAUUCUAGUAAUUAACUAUUCAAUAAUCCCACCACAAUUACCAGAUGGCAUAUCACACAAUUCAAAUAUCGGCCAGACAUUGGUUUAUUAUAGAGAUGCAUAUUCUGAUCGCUCUAUUGAUUGGCUAUUUAUCUUCCUGAUAUAUUUGUCAGGGACCAUGCAAAACAAUUGUUUCACCGAAUUUUAGCUGCCUAGCUUAUUUUCAUUUGCAGCCCCUAUGCGUUGUAACCGUGAUUUCAUGAAACAGUGAAUUAUAAAGCAAAGGUGUCCAUGCUUGGCUUCUCAAUAUCGAGGACAGGUAAGACCAUGUUGGUAAAGGUAGAUCUAUGUCUUAUGUGGGCCAUGUUCAUCGCUCUGAUUAGAUGCAGUAUACAACACAUAUGCUACUGUAAAUUGAUAAUUACCAUGUAUUAUUUUACAAAUAUUGAAUUAUAUGAAUAAACUAGGCUAAGUGGAUUCUUAAAAAGUUCAAAGAAAUACUACUAUUUUUUCAUUUCAUGGCCGUGUAUGGGCACUCUAACAUCUAGCUGGCUACCACUGUAUAAUGAAUAUGGUGUUGAUAGGUUUUGCUGAUGCUGUGCAGUGUACUGUAUCAGUCUGGUAUACAGUAGUGUUUUCUGAGAAUUGUGAUGAACAUGGGGGAGAGAACAAUAACUGGUUACGCACGGCCAUCUAUACAGAAACAGAUUUUUUUCACCCACCUCCACCAUUGACUAUGACUGAGGGAUAUAUUUGAAUGACAAUACUUUGUGCUGUGCAAUCACACAGCUGCCCUGUGUGUGUGAUUUUUUUAAAUAAAAGACAGUGCUGGAUUGAGGGACAUUGAGCAUUGAGCCGUCACCCCCAUCCACCGCCAACAUGACUAUGGGAAAGAUCAUCUUUUACGAAGACAGGAACUUCCAGGGUCACUCUCAUGAGUGCAGCAGCGACUGUGCUGACCUGCACUCCUACUUCAACCGCUGCAACUCCAUCAAAGUUGAGAGCGGAUGCUUCAUGGUCUACGAGCGCCCCAACUACAUGGGAAACCAGUACUUUGUGAGGAGGGGAGAGUACUCAGAUAACCAACAAAUGAUUGGCAUCAAUGACUGCAUCAGGUCCUGCCGUAUGAUCCCCAUGCACCGUGGCCAGUACAGAAUGAGAAUGUACGAUCGUCCUGACAUGGGCGGCCAGAUGAAUGAGCUGAGCGACGACUGCCCCAACGUCCAGGACCGUUUCCGUAUGUCCGACAUCAACUCCUGCAACGUGAUGGACGGCCACUGGCUGAUGUACGACCAGCCCAACUACAAGGGCAGGCAGUACUAUGUGAGGCCCGGCGAGUACAGGAGGUUCAACGACUGGGGAGGAUUGAGCCCCAAGAUCGGCUCCCUCAGAAGGAUCACCGACUUCAACUGAACGAGAGCUCCAAUUUGAACUAUCAACUGUCACUCUUGUCCACAAUAAACUUUGAUUCGUAAUUUUAAAAAACUCAGUUUUAUGUCUUCCACUUCUCUUUGAGAAGGUUAUUGGUAUCUUCUCAGAACUCAACCCCAUUGCUAGAAACCCUCACUGAUAAUUCAUGCAAAGUUUGUUGAUUUCAAUAAACCUCUUCAUGCAGUCCAAA